ACUGGCCGCCGGCGGUCGGCGGUCGCUCAGUUGGCCGGUGGACGCCGCGGGUUGGACGCGUGGUCGGGGUGUGGUCGAAGGGGCCCUGACCCCAUCGGGGACGUUGAAGUUUGAUGGUGAGACUCGGUGGCGUGGAAAUCCGGAAGUGCGAUUUAACCUGGACACGGCACGUAGCGUGGGAGUGCGCCGAGAGCUCAGAUAUAAACAAAGGUGACGGUUUGCUGAUAAGCUUGGUGAUAAGCGUUGCGACCGCGAAGGCGUAAUUGGGCUAGUGCGGCUGGCAAUGGUGGUGGUGCCGGGUGACUGUUAGAUCUUACACCGUGCAAAGACCAUACCGAUUAAGAAGUGAUCGCGUCCAGAGUGACCCCGAGGAAGAACAAUGACCGGCACGAUACAGCCGACACCGCCGCCGCGGCGGAAAAACUCCUCGGAGGUGACGGCCACGCCGCCGCUGCCCCGCAGGAAGGACUCGGGUGACCACGCGGCGGCCCCCAGCCGGCCGCGGCCUCCCAAGCUGAACGUGGUGGCCGCGGCGGCGGCGGGCGCGGCCGGGGCCGGGGUCGGGGUGUCCGCCGUACCGCACAACAGGCAGGACCCGGAGGCGGGCCGGCCAGCCCAAGAGCAGCCGCAGACCGAGGCCUGGGGACUGACGAUGCCGGCCGUGCUGUCUAGCAUGGACAAAACCAAGGUGGCCAGCUACCUCCAGAGUCGCAUGAAGGACGUCAAAGACGGCGCCUUCCAGACGGCCAAGAGCAGCCUCAGCUUCGGCGAGCGCUUUACCCUGGCCAUGCUGGACAAGAUGAAGCGCUGGUCGCGGCGCGGCUUCACACACAUCUUCCUCUUCGUCGUGCUCAUGACUUACAACGCCAUCGGCGCGUGCAUCAUGAUGAUUCUGGAAAAGCCGGAGGCCAACCAGCACAGAGACUUAGAGGAGCUGAAGAUGGACACGGUGCAGCGGCUGUGGAACGUCACAUCACAGCUCAGCACAUUGAACAGCGCCGCGUUCACGAAGGUGGCGCAAGACGAGCUGAAUGUGCUGCUCAACGUCUCCUGGCAGCAGUUUGACCUGCGCCGCUGGCACCCGGACCCGGACGACAAUCCCUGGGGCUUCUGGGGCUCCCUCUUCUUCUGCUUCACCAUCCACUCCACCAUCGGUUACGGUCACCUAUCUCCGGCGACCACGGCGGGUAAGGCGGUCAGCAUCGUGUACGCCAUCCUGGGCAUCCCCAUCUUUCUGAUCGUGCUGGCCGACUACGGCAAGCUUUUCACGCGCGGCCUCAAGUUUGUGAUGGCGGCCGCGUAUCGUCUCUACCACACCAAGAGUUGCACGAGAGUGCGCCGGGCCAAACCCGUGGAGAACGUGGUGAAAGGCAUCCAGGCGGUGUACGACCGGACCGGGCUCGGCGGGGAGGACUCCCCGGCCGCCGAGGGCGAGGGGCACGCCGCGGUCGACGGCGACGAACCCCAGGCCGUGGUCGAGGUGGACGACGAGUUCAACCUGCCCGUGUCGCUGGCGCUGUUCAUCCUGCUCUCCUACCUCUUCAUCGGCGCCAUCAUGUUCGUCAUCACAGAGGACUGGAGCUACUUCAACGCCUUCUACUUCGUCUUCAUCUCGAUGACCACCAUCGGCUUCGGCGACCUGGUGCCCUCGUCGGCUGGAGUGAUGAUGUGUACCACUCUCUACAUGAUUUUCGGCCUGGCGCUCACCAGCAUGUGCAUCAACGUCAUCCAGGAGAAGAUGACGCUGCACUUCAAGCACGCCAGCAUCAAGCUGGGCACCCGGUUCGGCGUCAGCGUGCCGGUGACGCCGGCGCCGCCGCCCGUCGUCGAGGUCGCGCCUGUACACGGAAAGGAGAACUGAGAGGAGGGCGGAGGAUAGGAGUUAGAAGUGAGCGGUGGAUAGAACUGAGAAAGGUGAAGAAGAGAGAGAGAGCUAAGACGUGGAUAGGCUGGAUAAAGAAGGAAAAGAUCUGAUGGAGAGGGGCUGAAAACAGCGAAGUGGUGUGGCUAGUGUUGAAAGGUGCAGUUAAAUCUAAUGGAUCGGUGUGCUCACUACCGACGAAGGAUUGUGAAAGAUGCUAAGAGAGAAGCGCAACUAUAUCCGCGGGCCGCGGCUACGGCCUAUGAUGGAAUGGGGAGCAUACUAAAAUAGCGCCGCGAGCCAAGCUAAAGCUCGGAAACUAAAAGGAUGACACGUGCUUGGAUGGCUUCUGCUCCUGUUCGAUGCAAAGUGUUGGCGUGAUCGUCGAUCGAAAUGUAAUGGCCGACGUGCAAAUGGUUACGCCCGGUUUGUGCGAGAUUCAAGCGCAGUAAUGAUCUGACCCGUGUCUUGGAAUUUGUAUUUCUGACAAUGGGGACAACGCACAGGUACAUAAACGCCACAAGCGUUGCUAGACGGUGAUUUGAACACUGUUGCAGCGGGAGCGUAGGCUAUGGCUAUGCUGUAAGUUAGCAUGGUGUUACUCUUUAUAGACUUGUCACCGUUGUUGCUGCGUAAGCUUGAGAACGCGCACCUGGUUCAGACUAUGUCAGCGGGUGUCGUUUUGAGUUGGACUGCCUUACCCGUUACUCGUGUUUUGUGACGAGUCUGAUCCGUGUGGAUGGUUCCCUCAGCCGAACCACCCUGGUAGAGAUACCGCCGCAGCCGAACCACCCUGGUAGAGAUACCACCGCAGGCUGUCCGUUGUGUCGGGAAUUGGGCUCUGGUGAGCUACCCCUGAGUGCUAAGUGACCAGACCUACGGGCCCUGAGUGAUACAAGAGGCCUUGGUGUUGACCGUCGAGGCAAGGCCACAUUGGUCGAGAAAUGACCCUGUUUUUGGAUUGGCAAUUUGUAUGCGCGAAGGGCAAGUGCCGUUUUUUUUGUAAAGGUAUUUAGAUGGCGGGAAGUUAAUGAGCCGUUGCCCCAUUUUGACCUACUAAUAUGCGUGCAAUACGACUGAAACGCUACGUGAUCAUAAGCGAUUUCAAGAUAAGUGUAGACGAUUUUUAAUAAAAAGUACCAUGCCAUUUGAAA